UGGACCCACUUAACUAUCCUCUAUAAAUAACAAAACACCAAUCGCACUUAGGUUACAUUUAAUCACUCUUUAAUUUCCACUCAUCAAUAUCACACAGUAUAAAAGCAAAAAAUGGCGAUGAGAUUUGUCGUUUCACGUUGUGGAUUAGGUCGUUUAAUGGAAGGUCAACGAUCAUCAAUUUCAGGUCUUCGAUCUUUCAGUGAUGGCAAAGUCUUAGGUGAAGAAGAACGUGCUCAAGAAAACAUUUACAUUAAGAAAAUGGAAAGGGAGAGAUUGGAGAAGGCAAAGCAGAAGGCAGAGCGUGAGAAAGCUGAGAAAGAGAAGGACAAAAAGCAGAAGCCUGAAGAAGAGACUAACAAGAGCUGAAGUCUAGGUUUGGGUGACCGGACAUGUCAAACUCUUGCUUUCAAGCACCUUUGACAAAUAAAUGGAUAAUGACUCUCUGUUGCUCUUCAUCAUGCCAUUCCUUGUACAAACUAUUGCAAUAGUUGUUAUUAUGCAUCAUGCUUUUUCGUCCUUGGAGUUUUCAAGGUGGCUGAAAAACAUGCCUUGUUCAACAAUCAAUAUCAUCUUGUUUGGACCA